CUUGAUCCCAUUUUCCGCGGUGUCAAUUCGACUUGUGCAAUCUCGUCCUACCUCAGUAUUCCGUUCCGGUCCCUUCUUGUUCUUUUCCGUUUCUCUUUCUUAUCCUUUCUUGUAAUUCUUUGCCUCUUGUCCCGGCACCCGAAAGCCUGAGCUUGGCUAGCGCUUCAAUCUUCUGGGCUACUGCUGCUGCUGCAAAAUUUCACCAUUCACCACGGUGCAAUCUCUCAUCCGCAGGCAGUUCUUCAAUUGACUUGCUGCAUUGUGGCCUUGCGUCAUUUCUUAAUUCGCUCUUUUACUGGGCAGCCCGUUGUCCUCGUGUCCCCCUCACUUCACUCCCCGCGGUCCUUCCUCGAGGGGUCUUAUAGAAAGGCCUCUUCCAAAAUGGGUAAUGUAGUGUCUCUUGUCGAUAUUCAACACAGCAACCCUGCCUCAGAGGAUCCUGUACCAGUGGAACCCGUUUCCGACGCUCAUCAACGUCCUUCGGCUCCUGCAAGGACAACCAUUCCUCCUUCUCGUAUCCAUCUGACUUAUCCACAGGUGCUGGGCGCCUUCGCACUACCACUUAUUAUUUCCCCUUCUCCGGGUGAGAAUCCUCUUGAUUCGCCUCCGCUAUCGCCCACGCUUUCCUUCCAUACUGCUCCUUCCACACCUGUCACCUCUCCGCAAGGCGAAGAUCCACCGCCAGAUCCUCCGCCUGUUCCUAUCUUUGGCAAUUCCACACCGUCCAUCACCACCGCCCUUUCAUCGCCUGACUUUGCACUAGAUUUCACCCUCGAUGACGAGGGUUUAAGUACCCUUGAAAAGAUAUACCUUUUUUCUCGUAGUAGAUCAGCGCAUCACAGGGUAUUUAUUUCACAUGCUCUACCAGCAUUCCUAGCGCAGGUAUCGCCUAUAGAGGCUGUCGAGUAUGUCCUACCGCUGCUCCCGAGCUUGUCUGUCGAUGAAGACGAGGCAGUGAAAGAGGCUCUAUCAGCGGAACUUGUUUCCAUCAUGUGGUGGUUUUUCACGCACUGUCACUUGGUUGAGGAGCCGAGUGACCCGUCUAAUGCCGAUUAUUCUCAGCCUCAAUCUGACGAUCAGGUCACAUUAAUCUCAGUGCAGGCGUUCACUCCUAUUCUAGCAACGCUCCUCCUGAGCUCAAAUGGGGUUGUCAGUGGUUCCACGAGAUCUGCAAUUGUUGAAUUACUGGCAAGAAUACAUAAGGCUGAUGAUCUAGGAGACCAGCACGCUGAUGUCCUAUCUUACGGAUUAUUCGGGAGACACGAAAGGAUGCUGUUUGAAGAAGAGGUCAUCCAGCAACUUGUGAUAGGUAUGGGCCGCCUUGAACCAGGCGAAGAUGAAACAGAUCCGGAUGAAGUGUGGUAUACACCCGCGUUAGAGGUUCCUCAGCCAGAUCCUUUACCAAGCAACAGUCCCGUCAAUCCGUAUUUUCCAAGCACGCAAACAUCAGCAACGCGCACCCCUGUGACAACGUCGAAUCCACCUCCCGUUUCUAACCUUCCUAGCCCACCAGCUGGUGUACCCCCGCCCUAUCCUGAAGCCGGAGUCAUCGGAGUAGACAUAUCACCUAUGGUUGUAUUAUCUCUUCAGCUGGAGGAUAUUGGUCAACACAGUCCAAUGCAGACCACUGAGGGACCCUGGGAGCGCGACUCGAUACCUACCACGACUCACGCUGGAUCUGCAGAUUCGGAUACUGAGAUGGACGACGGACAAGACAUGGAUCCCAGCGAACAAGCCGCUGUUGGACGACUAUCAAGCAUGAGUCUCAUUGCUGCCGUAGUUGCUGGGGGCACGCCGAGGGCCGAUACUCAACGUGCUUUCGUGAGAGAAGUUGAACGAGUCGGAAGAGAUCCUAUCCAUUGGGUCAGACGAGAGGCGUCAUUUGCAUUGGGUGCUCUUGCAAAAGUCGUUCCCGAUGAGCUUAUCAUUGGCUCGCUCCUUCCGUUGUUCGAAUCUCUACGUGCCGAUCCCGCAUGGCACGUGAGGCACUCCUCUCUUUUUGCCUUGCCUGCGCUUUUGUCACGUUUGCCGUCAGGCUUGCGCCGAUCAAUCGCUGUCUCUACUAUCAUACUUCUGUCGCGAGACGAAUCUGCUCCAGUGCGCACUGGGGUCCUAGAGGCUCUCGGGGAAGUUGUAUAUACCUUCCAUGACGAUGAUCACGGACCACCCGAUGAACUUCUACGUCUGUUCCUUGGCAUCGACAAUAACUCUCCACCACGAGAACGUUAUGCACACCCUACUCGACGAUCGCCGUUACAGGUACUAUCCGCGAAUGCUCCGGUGUUGAUGGCUGAUGAUGACCCGGCUCGUCCGCUUGCGUGUGCAUUUAACUUCCCUGCGGUAGCAUUUACCCUUGGCCGAGCGCGAUGGGGAGAGCUACGAGGACUAUACCUCACACUCGCGCAGGACCGCUCGCCUAAAAUUCGGCGGACAUUAGCUGCUAGCCUGGGUGAAUUAGCCAAGAUUAUCGGACCAGACAAUGCUCAACGAGAUAUGAUGAGCCUGUGGUGGGAUGCAAUGCGAUCUGAAGACGAUCACGAGAUUAAAUUCAAAGCAAUUGAGGCUGUCCCCCUCUUCGUUGAGGCUUUGGGUGAAGGAAGGGCGAGGGAUGAGGUGAUCGCUGGUCUGCUCAAUGUAUGGGAGGAGGGCUGGCUGCGCAAUUGGAGAGCACGUGAAGGCGUCAUCAAGAUUAUCGCUGACCUUGCUGGCGGACCUGAACGACCUGACAAUAUACGUGCACUGUUAAAAAAAGCGCUUGAAGACGACUUUGGUGCAGUGAGGGAGACUGCUAUCUCUGUGAUCUGUCGAAUAGCGCCGCAAGACGUCUGGAGACCUACUCUCAACCUGAUCAACGAAGAUAUACUUUCACUAGCUAACUCUCCAAUUUUUCGAAGACGAAUGACGUUUGUUGCAUGCCAACAGGCUUUAGCAUCCUCAGCAGGUGGGCUAUCAAUCUUAGUGGAUGAUGCAAGAUGGCACACUCUCGAGCGGUUAAGCAAUGAUAGCAUAGUGGGCGUUCGCAUUGGCGUUGCUCGUUUAUUUGGGUCGAUACUUGAAAACGCUUUGCGCGACACAUCUGUAGUGCCCCGGCGAAUCUUUGACAUGAUAGAUCAUCUGCAGCAGGACUGUUCUGCAGAAGUCCGAUCUUAUAUUCCUAGUAUGGCCGACCUUCAGCAUGGCCGGACAAUAUUCCCCUCUCACUCGGAUAAUUUCUUGACCUUUUCCCGCCCACCUCCCUUGUCCUCGUAGAAGAAAAAUCAUGAAGCCCGUCUUCCCAAUGGCCGCUGGUCGAAUGUUCGGCUGGAUCUCUGUCGCUCUUGACGAAGUCACCAUCGGUGUAUAAUAAUAAUUUUGUUCUGGACUCCAUCUGUCUGACUUCAUUUAACUUGUCAUUACUCAAUCACCCAUCUGUAUUAUAAAGCUCAUCUGUCAUAAAAGUCAAACGCAUUUUCUUAGAUUAUGAUAAAUAUUUUUGGGAAGCGUA